AUGCUUUCUCUGGACAUAAAUGAUUUCAUCAGUACUAAAAAUGGUGUCUUUUGGUUUUUCCUUGAUUUUAUUUUUGGUGUUGCUUUUAUAUGGGCUGUUUUGUCAGUAACUGUAUUAUUUCGACUUGACGAAAGAUUACCUUCUAUUGGCUUGUUUAGGCUGUUGAAUAAGUCUGCUGAUUUUUUGAUGCCAAUUCUUGGGAAUCUUAUGUUUAUACCAAUAGUUUCUCUACUUUUAGAUGUUUUUAUAUGUGAUGAAUCAAUUGGAGAAAAUUUCACUGAUAGUUUUAUGAUUAAAGACAGCUAUCAGUUUUGCUGGAAAGGUGUAGAUUUCGGGAGAUUUACCUCUGGCAGACAUUUAUUUGAUUUUUUUUGACGGUUUUUGCUUGAGAUAUUUAUUGUAUGAUAA